AUGUGGCCACGCGCGUUCCGCCGCGGCCAGGCCUGCUUCAUAAAUCGCCACAUGUGUCACGAAACCAGAUCGAAGUACGGCGAGCGUCUCAUGCGCGGCUGUUCGUGCACCGGGACCACUGGACUUGCGCAUCUAACUUGCGUCAUGACUCAAGCAACACUCGGGACAGCGUCGACCUGGGUCAAAGCGUCGAACGAGCCCGACGGGUGGACGCAGUGGAACACGUGUCGGCUGUGCGGACAGGAAUACCACGGGACAGUCCGUUGCGCGCUCGGGUGGCAGUGCUGGUUCAUCAACUCCGCUCGAAAGGCAGGUGAUGAGUACCUUUACAGGGCGAUGCUCGAGCUCGGGAUUGGUCUGGUCGCCGCUUCUCGACACGAAGAGGCGUUCGGCGUGCUCGAGACGCUCCUGAGCCAGCUUCCGUUCCGCAAAUUCCACGAAACCAUCCACCCAAGGUUGUCCUGCGAAGCGGUUAUGUACUUGGCCACGGUCUGCAACAAACUCGGCUGGGAAAGUUCGAUGGUCAAUGUUAAUAAAUUAAGGGCUAACUUCCUCUCGCUCGUGCCCGGUAGACCUCGAUUGAGCGGGCUGAACAUGCUGCGAGUUAUUAUUGGCAAAGUAUUCAUUAAUUUGGGCGAGGAUGACGAGCUCAGACACCGAUGCGCGCUCGAGCUCGGAGUCUGUAUGGUCGAUCAAAAUUUAGUGGCCGAGGCCUCGAGGUUCCUCGGCAAGGCGGGUCAUGCGACGGUGCGGGCUCUCGGAGAAGAGCACGCCAUAUGUAUCGAGAUGCACUGGCGAAUUGCGCAAUCUAUCUACAAACGACAUUUCUUUGGCGGCAAUGAUUACCGAGACCUGUUGAUGGCAUCCAUCAAAGGACACACGGCUGUCCUCGAUCAGUCUACAAAGGCCCACGGCGUUGAACACCCAACGACGCUCGCGAUCCGCGCGUCGCUGAAACUAUGCUUCGAAGAGCAGCUGGACUGGACGCUCGACGACAUUCCGCGGCGCGUUUUUGAGGCGCUCGACGAGAUCCCGCGACCGCCCGGGCAUAAAGUCUUUUGGAGGUAA